CUGAAUGCAGGAGGCGGAGAGGGAGAGAGAAAUGGCAACAAGCAAAGUUGUCUUAUCAGGUGUCCAAGUCAUGGCGGUACUGGCCGUACUCUUCUUCCUACUUUCAGGAUCAUCCAUGGCUGCCGACUUUUGCCAAGGCAAGCAGUCAUGGCCGGAGCUGGUUGGACAGGCCGGAGAAGUUGCUGAGCCCGUGAUCAAAGGGCAAAACCCUUUUGUGAAGGAUGUUAUUAUUGUCCGGAACGACACAAAGCUAAUUGAAAAUUUCCGCUGCGAUCGGGUCUGGAUCUUUACUAACCCUGACGGCACCAUUAGCAGGAUCCCAACGGUUGGUUAGAUCCAGUCAAGAGAAGAAACUUGUAAUAAGGGUUAUAUAUAUAUGUAAUGACAUAUAUAGUGAUGAUAAUUAAUGAAUAAAUGAGCCUUUAAUUAAUGGCAUGAUUACUUUACUUUU